UAUCUUUUAUCUUAUCUCAACAGUUUUGUUUGAUUAGACGUUCAUAUUUAAGACUUUUAUAGGUUAUGUAGAUUGGUAUUUCGAGUCGGGUCAAGCCCAUGUUUUUGCAUUUUUGUGUUAGAAAACUCAACUUAUCGUUUGCGACAAGGCGUUUUAUUGCUACAGCUUCAAUGUCCUUCUAUGACUGUGGACUUAAAAAGCUUGUUUAACCUUAAUUUUAGAUCUAAAAUCUAAAUCGCUACUGGUUUUCAACCGACGUCCUUUCUUUCAGAAAUGACCCAAAUGUUUUGUUUUUCAAUAAAAGUUGACCUUCGGAAGUGUUUAGAGUCGUCGGUUACAAUUGGGCUUGCCUAAGACAUGUUCUUUUAUGUAUUUAAGCUAAAGGUUACAGGAAAUUCUUCGAUAAAUAUCUUUGAACAUCAUUAUUCAUUGAUUGAGUCAUGUUUUUUAGUUUGUUUUAACAGCAAACUGAUAAUUUAUGAGAAUGGUCCACCUGAAUGUCAAGAACAGAAAAAUGUCCCGCCAUGAGAAAGCGAAGAGUGGCUUUCUGGACACAUGGUUCGGGCGUCCGAAGAAAGCGGGCGGCGGCCCCGAGCGCGGUUACGAUACAGUACCGCGCGCCGAGCACCGCGGCGAAGAAGACGAGGCCUCAGCUACUGCCGAGUAUAGGAGCAAGCUGGAUGCGCUGGAUGACGCCCAGCUGCAGAGGAGGUUCGAGGAGAUGCUCUCCGACAUGAACCUCAGUGAAGAGAAGAAGGCCCCUCUCCGGAAGUACUCCAACGCGCAGAAGAAGCAGAUGCUUUUCGCGUACAAAUUCGUCAAUGCUCAGGCGGGGCGUUCCAAGCUGGAAAAGCCUUCAGACUACGUCCAGUACCUCAGCCAGCCAGAACUAUCCGUGGGGAAACUGCACGGAUGCCUGGAGAACCUGAGGAUAGCACUCACGAACAAUCCUCUAUCCUGGAUUGAGGAGUUCGGGACCAAAGGCAUCGAAACGCUGCUUACUACCCUCAACCUGUGUUACACCAACGAUUCCCGCUACGACCGAGUUCAGUACGAAUGCAUACGAUGUCUAUCCGCUAUCCUGAACAACACGGUGGGAAUCCGGACCGUCUUCGAGUGUAGAGAAGCUCUACCAGUGUUAGCUAGAAGUCUGGAUGCGAGGAAACCUCACUGCGCCAUGGAGGCUGCUAAGGUGUUGGCAGCCAUUUGUCUGAUUCCCAACGGUCACGAGAAAGUUCUAGAAGCGAUCACGAUGGCGGGAGAGUCUAGUAGAAAACCGAGAAUGUUGCCCAUCGUUGAGGGACUGGAUACUAAAGCACCGGAGAGCUUGAAGAACGGCUGCAUGCAACUGAUCAACGCCAUCAUCACGGAGCCCGAAGAGUUGGAAUUCAGGCUGCAUUUGAGGAGCGAAUUCAUGAGGACCGGACUCUAUGAUAUAUUGGAUGAAUUACGCGCGGGCGCGGAAGGCUCGCGUCAGAUCCAGAUGCACGUGUUUGACACGCACGCAGCGGCCGAUCAAGAUGAGUUCCUGGCUAAAUUCGAUGACGUCAGAGUGGAUUUCAACGAUGCGAACGAGUGUUUCGAGUUGGUGAAAAACCUAGCGAUGGACACGCCAGCGGAGCCCUACCUGCUAUCGAUACUACAGCAUCUACUUUUUAUACGGGACGAUGAGCUUAUCAGGCCAGCAUACUACAAACUCAUAGAAGAAUGUAUAACCCAGAUAGUUCUACACAAGAACGGCUACGAUCCGGACUUCAGGGCGACACAGCGUUUCAACAUCGACGUGCAACCGCUCAUCGACGGGUUAAUAGAAAAAUCUCGGGCAGAAGAAGAAAGAAAAGUGGAAGAAUUAAAGACCAAACUGGAAGCGGCGAUCGCGGCUCGGCAAGAGGCUGAAGCGAGAGCCUUACAUCUAGAAGACAGGCUCAAACAGGCCGCCAGUCCGACGGGGCCUGGUGGCGUCUCGCAGGGAAAUAUCGCCGCUAUUGCCAAGGUAAGAGCCUUACAUCUAGAAGACAGGCUCAAACAGGCCGCCAGUCCCACGGGGCCUGGUGGCGUCACGCAGGGGAAUAUCGCCGCUAUUGCUAAGGGAGCCUUACAUCUAGAAGACAGGCUCAAACAGGUCGCCAGUCCGACGGGGCCUGGUGGCGUCACGCAGGGGAAUAUCGCCGCUAUUGCUAAGGUAAUAGAAGCUAUAUUAGUGUCACGAUUUAGGCUCAGAAGCGUCAUACAAGAUAUUGGAUCAGGAAGUGUAAUAAUGCAAGGGAAUAUCGCCGCUAUUGCUAAGGUGAUAGGCAGCCCCGGAGGCCCCGCCCCUCCGCCACCCCCACCGAUGCCCGGAGGUGGAGGCCCGCCGCCGCCGCCGCCGCCUCCCAUGCCCGGCGGGCCGCCGCCGCCUCCACCGCCGCCGGGCUGCGGCCCGCCGCCGCCGCCGCCGCCGCCCAUGAUGGGCGGGCCGCGACCGCCGCCGCCGCCGAUGAUGGGCGGCCCGGCGAUGCCGAGGAUGCCCCAACCAGACGUGCUGCCAUACGGGCUUAAGCCCAAAAAGAAGUGGGAGGUCGAGGGACCUCUGAAGAGGGCCAACUGGAAGACCAUAGUGCCUCAGAAGAUGUCGGAAAAGGCUUUUUGGGUCAACGUGCAAGAGGAUAAGCUCGCUUCGCCAGACAUUCUCUCAGGGCUAGCGUUAAAGUUCUCCAGCAAACCAGUGGCCAAGAAGAACGAAGAUGCUGUUGAUAAGGUCCACACUCUCAAGAAGGUGAAAGACCUGAAGGUCCUGGACAGCAAGGCGGCUCAGAAUCUGUCCAUCUUAUUGGGUGGUUCUCUAAAGCACCUGCCCUACGAGCGUAUAAGAACAGCUGUGUUGCAGUGCGACAAUACUGUGCUGACGGCUGAUGUUUUGGAUUUGCUUGUGCAGUACCUCCCCCCAGCGGAUCAGAUGAAGAAACUAGCAGAGCUCAAAGACAAAUGCUCCGAGUUGGUCGAAGCUGAGCAGUUUGCCGCUACCGUGGCUGAUAUUAAACGUCUGGCGCCGCGGUUACGAAGUCUCGCGUUCAGAGAACACUAUGCUGAGACUAUUGCUGAGGUCAAGCCGGACAUAGUCUCGGGCACGGCCGCGUGCGAGGAGGUCAAGUCCAGCAAGAAGUUCGCCAAGAUCUUAGAAUUACUACUGCUGUUAGGGAACUACAUGAACACCGGAUCUAACAACGCUGGCGCGUAUGGGUUCGAGAUCAGCUUCUUGACUAAGUUAACAUCAACGAAAGAUCUAGAAAACAAGCAGACGUUACUUCACUACCUAGUAGAGACGAUAGAAAACAAGUUUCCCGACGCGCUGACCUUCGCCGAAGAGAUGCCACACAUCGACAGAGCGGCGCGUGUCUCCAUGGAGAAUCUCCAAAAGUCUCUGAAGAAAAUGGAGAAUGAUAUCAGGGCUCUUGAGACGGAUCUCAAUAACUCACGGGUGCCGCAGUGUCCGGACGACCUGUUCCAUGAGAAGAUGACUCCAUUCGCCAAAGAGGCGCGCUCUCAGUGCGACCUGCUUCAUUCAAUGUGCCGCAAGAUGGAGGCACUUUACAAGGAACUAGCAGAGUACUUCGUGUUUGACCCUCAGAAGUACGCUUUGGAGGAAUUCUUCGCUGAUGUCAAGACAUUCAAGGACUCUUUCACGACGGCCCACCAAGAGAACGUUCUGAUCCGGGAAACGGAAGAACGCGCGCGCAGGGCACGCGAGGCGCGCGCCGCGGCAGAAAGAGAGAGGCGCGACAGACAGCAUCGGUACAAGCAGUUUGUGGAUAUGGACCAGGCGCAAGAGGGCGUUAUGGACAGUUUAAUGGAAGCGCUACAGAGCGGAUCUGCGUUUAGUAGAGAACGGCCGAGGAAGAAAGCCAACCCGAGGGUAGCUGGAGCUGAAAGAAGAGCACAGCUGAGUCGGUCCCGCUCCCGGUCCGGACUCACCGGUCCUAUGACCGCGAGGGAACUAACGAAUGAACUCCUCGGAAACGCGUGAUGAACGAAGCUCAUAUCAAGUGAUACUAGUAAAUAGUGAAUAUAUAGCACGUAGUUUGUAGGUACAUAACAAAAAGACAUAACCGACUCACACUUAACAUUGUAUCUUCAACUUUAAUAGUCCGCGUCAAUAGAAACUGGCGAUUUCUUAUGUUUUUGGGAGUUGGAGGUAAGAUAAAAAAGGCGAAAGAUUUAUACCAGAGUAGAUGCCGUAUGGUGACGGCAGAGUAGAAUACAUUUGUCACCAACCCCUACUCUUCCCGCGGGUGUCGUAAGAGGCGACUUAGGGACUACACAUCAAACAGAGAACGGGUAGCAGCGCUCUCUGACAAACAUCAAUCUUUUAAACUGCGAUCUCCAACCCGCCUGCCAAGCGUGGGGAUUAUGGCAAAACCCCCUCCACUAUAGUGGAGGAGGCUCAUAGUCCAGCAGUGGACUGUAAAGGGCUGUUGAUGAUGAUGAUGAUGAGGUAAGAUAGCCAGUUCCUCUGUGGUUGAGGAUACCGAGUGAAGCUCGCUUCCACCUUCGACCUGAUCGUCACUUUCCAUCAGGUUAGAUCCAGGCAAAGGGUUUCCCCGUUGUGGCUAAAUAUGCCUAAUAACCGCCUCUGUGGUCUAGUGGUAAGACCACCUGCUUCAGACGCAGAGGUCCCGGGUUCGAUUCCCAGUGGGGGCAGAUUUUUCUGUUCGGUUUGGUUGGUGGUAGGGCUUGUUCUAAGUCCGCCUGGCUAGCUACCACCAUCUUACCUAAGUCUGUCGCCAUAACAACAAUGUUAACAGCAUUGUUGUUUUCCGGCAGUUAGAGGUAAGAUAGCCAGUUCCUCUGUGGUUGAGGAUACCGAGUGAAGCUCGCUUCCACCUUCGGCCUGAUCCAUCCAUCAGGUUAAAUCCAGGAUUAACAUUGUCACCGGGAACUGUCUUCUUCUGUAUUUAAAUAAACCUAAAUUUUUAAAUAACUUUAAAAUAAUCGAACCCACGACCUUACGCUUGCCGGGCGACUGCUCUCACCAUCUGAACUUAGCGCUAAAAAAAAUUAAUAACUUUGAGUAAACCUAUCUUUAUUUAUUUUUACAAUAAUCACUAAUAGUCAUGUUUGCAAAAGGGCGAUGAAACGUGCUAUGCUCGGAGUUUCCCUGCGUGAUCGAAUCAGAAAUGAGGAGAUCCGCAGGAGAACCAAAGUGACUGACAUAGCCCGCAGAAUCGCUAAAAUCAAGUGGCAGUGGGCGGGGCACAUAGCUCGUAGAGCUGACGGCCGCUGGGGCAGGAAAGUUCUUGAGUGGCGACCACGAGCCGGAAGACGUAGCAUGGGCAGGCCUCCCACUAGGUGGACCGACGAUCUGGUGAGGGUCGCGGGAGGUGCCUGGAUGCGAGCGGCGCAGGACCGGUCUUUGUGGAAGUCCUUGGGAGGCCUAUGUCCUGCAGUGGACGUCUUUCGGCUGAAACGAACGAAGUCCUGUUUCCACUUCGUGAUAAGACCCCCUUUAUAAUUUACCAGAGGCAUGGAGGAUUUGUCCUACACUCCCCACGCUGACCAGACGGGUUGGGGAGGCCUGAUGUUCGCAUAUUUGUCCCUUAGUCGCUUUUUACGAAAUCCCUGUGUUAAUUUCUAUGUUAAUUUAUGAAAUUGUCAGUUUCUAUUAGCAUGGACAGUGCGAAUGAUCGCCACAAUACAGUUUUGAAUCAUAAACAUAUUAUGUUAAAGUCGAAAACAAUUAAAACCUGUCCUGUAAACAAAAAUACUUACAGCCAUAUUGGAUUAUGAAGGUGCUAUCCUUCUCUAAUCCUUGAAGUAUUAAAGAGAUAGAAAUACAAAUGUAGAUUUAAGUUAUAGUCCAGUUUUUCAUUUGGUCUAUUGGCUGAAUUUUAUGUAAAAAGUCACUUUUAAAAAGCGCUUUUACUCGUCAAAAUUAAUGACAUUCGUCUGUGGAUCAAAAUGACACAUUUAUUCUAUGUCUAUGGAUACUUGUCUAUGGAUCAAAAUGACAGUUGGUUUAAUCAAAAUGAAAAUUGGACUGUAGAAGAAUUACUUAAUAAUAUUAUCUCAAACGAUACAAAAUCGGUCAUAUUUUUGCAACUGUGCCUCAAACAAUUAAAAUAAUUGUCUACUUAAAAGAAAAUGGGUUAAAAUGGGUAUUUGACAUUAUACUCAUCGCUUAACUGGGUCAGUGCCUGAGGUAGGGAAGCGGGGAGGGAGGGUGUUUAUGUGACGUCAAACGUGAGUGAGAGUUCAAUGGACACCUUUUUUUUCUCCAUACGUUGUUUGCCCAAAUUGUGUACCUGAAGUACAACUAUUGAAUUUUAGAGGAAAAAUAUCAUUGAUUCUUAAAAAAAAUAUUCAGAUUUUUUAUACAUUUGUACCUCCAAAAUUAUAAAGAAAAGAUAUUUUUGUUACAUGUGUAAAGUUAAUCGUGUGUAUGUAGUGUGUUGAGUAUGAGUAGGGAAACGGGCAGUCACAACAAAUAUUAAUUUCAUACUGAUUUAUUACGCACAAGUCAAGUACAAUGUUGCAAUACAAUAAAGUAGGUCAUCAUACCUAAGUUCAUUGAUAGCUAGACGCUACAUUACUCUCCCCCUUUGGGAAAAAAAUGAGAUGUCAUUUUUACACAAUAAUGCUUAACUACUGUGUAGUAUAAUCGUUAUCAUGUUGUUUAUCUAAAAUGUAUUUAAUAAAAUUUUAAAAACUUUGUAUACAUAAUUUUAUGAGUUAUAAAAUCAAAAUUAAACAAUUUAAUUUAAAAAUAAUUAUUCCUGGUAGAAGAAAACAUGUUCACAUUAAACUACUUAACAUGAAAUGAACAAAACAUUUACACAAUCCCAACUAAUAUUAUAAAUGCGAAAGUAACUCUGUCUGUCUGUCUGUCUGUCUGUCUGUCUGUCUGUCUGUCUGUCUGUCUGUCUGUCUGUCUGUUACGCUUUCCCGCUUAAACCUCGCAACCGAUUUUGAUGAAAUUUGGCAUAGAGAUAGUUUGAGUCCCGGGAAAGAACAUAGGAUAGUUUUUAUCCCGGUUUUUGAAACAGGGACGCGCGCGAUAAAGUUUUUCUGUGACAGACAAAAUUCCACGCGGGCGAAGCCGCGGGCGGAAAGCUAGUGGUUAAUAAAAAAUAAAAUCAUAUUGCUAUCGGUACUUAAUUAACUAGCACUUGGUUUUUGCUUUUAUGCACUGCACUUCUUUACCACGUUAACACUGCACUGAGUUUUAAAAAAAAUCACUUAUUUAGGGCACAAAAGCGGGGUUCACUUGUUGUGCCUGUGCGGUUCUCGUUGCUGCAGGCGCCGCAGCUACCGAUGUCAUCGGGAUGUUGGAGGUUAUCCUCGCGAGCUCGUUGGUUAUGGCCUUCCGGCCACGUGCGACACACCGCUUCAGAAAACAGUAUGCCACCACGAUGAGAAAUAUUAGGCAUACGGCACCCAUCAGCAUCUCGAUUCUCGUGAUGGUACUCGUAGUUUGUGCGUUCCCGCCACUUGCGGCUGCUUGUCCCUGGGAGACAACGAUCUCCUCUUUGGAUGAGUGGCUACCCAUGUUGCAGUUGGUGUUGUCUUCGGUUCACGGUUGAAUGCGAAAUAAAUUGCGUUGUUUAAAACUGCAAAUGUAAAAAAAUGAUUAGUUGCGAAAACGGACGACGGGCUUGACAAUUCGGCCUGACUUUGUAACAUACGGCGGUGGUGCCGAUUUUACGUCAUCGCCUUGCGAUUCAGUGCAUUUUUGUGCAGGCGGUGCGUUUCUGAUGUCGUCGCCCUCGUGGACUAUGAACGCUGGUUUCAAUCUGUCGAUUGUAAUAACGCAUGUUCUAUUUGGUAAUUGAAGUUUAAAAUAUUUUUCAUGUUUUUCCAAAACUUGGUAUGGGCCUUCGUACGGUGCUACCAAGGUUUUCUUCACAGCGUCUACUCUGACAAAUACGUGUUUGCAUGUAUUCAUGUCUUUGUAGAUAAAAGUGUUUUUGGACGUCUUGAUAUUGCUCGGAACUGGUUUAAUGUUUUGGAUUGAUCGUUGCAAUUCUUCGACAAAUGAGUCGGGUGUAAUUAUAUUGUGUUUUUCAUUUACUUCGAAAAAUGUUCCGGGUAUUCUAAUGUAGCUUCCGUAGACCAUCUGUGCUGGACUGACGUCACAGUCUUGUCGAAUCGUCGUUCGUAGGCCUAACAAAAUGGUAGGUAGCUCACGUGACCAGUCUGCUGAUUUACCGCGCGCUAUUAUGGCUGUUUUCAUAAUUCUAUGCCAUCUCUCUACCAUUCCGUUAGCUUGUGGGUGAUAGCUUGUCGUUCUGAUCUUCUUGAUACCCAUUAACUUUGCUAAAGAUGUGAAUAAAUUCGACUCGAACUGCCGUCCUUGAUCGGUUGUUAUCCUGACUGGACAACCAAACCUCGUGAUCCAAUUAUUGUAAAAUGUGUUAGCUACUACUUCAGCUGUUACUUCCGGUACUGGUAUCGCUUCUGGCCAUCGUGUAAAACGAUCUAUGAAUGUUACUACAUAUCUGUUAUUAUUAGAUAUUGGCAGAGGUCCGACUAUGUCUAUGUGGACAUGCUCAAAUCGUUCUGAUUCUGGAAACUGCAUAAGUGGGGCCUUAUUAUGUCGAAUGAUCUUCGAUUUCUGGCACGCUAUACAUUGUUUCGCCCAUUUCCGGGCGUCCUGGUUCAUCCCGGGCCAAAAGUAGUGUUUUACAAGUAAUUUUCUCGAAGUUCUAAUCCCUGGAUGUGUGACGUCGUGUAAUAUACCGAAUAUUUGUUUUCUAAAUAUGUUCGGUAUAUAAGGUCGAAUUUCGUUUGUUGACACUUCACAGUAUAACUCUUUGUUGCUAGGUAGGCUUAUUUUUUUCCAUUUCAAAUUGUGUUGUUGCAAUAUUUUCUUCAUUUCCGGGUCCUCAUGCUGAUAUGUUGCUAUUUCGUCCCAAUCAAUAUUACUAGGGCAAUCUAUUUGAGAUACUCUGGACAGUGCAUCGGCCACUAUGUUAUUCGCACCUGAGACGUGUCUUAUUUCCGAUGUAAACUGAGCUAUGUAAUCUAAUUGACGUAAUCGUCUCGGUGAUAUUUUUUCUUUCGAACUUGAUUUAUUGAAAUAGGUCAGUGGCUUAUGGUCAGUAUAUAUUAUCAGUUCAUGACCUUCACAAUAAUCUUGAAAAUGACGUAUAGCCAUGUAUAUUGCCAAAAGCUCUCUGUCAUAGGUACUAUAUCUCUGCUGCGUCUCUGAUAACGUUUUUGAAAAAAAUGCUAUUGGUUUCCACUCAUUAUUUGUGUAUUGUUGUAACACGGCUCCAACGCAUGAUUGCGAUGCAUCUGUCAUGAGCGAUAGCGGAGCGUCGUAAGAUGGUGGGCUCAGUGCAAUAGCUUUUUUCAAGCUGUCCUUGCACUGUCUGAAGACUUCCUUGGUUUGCUCGUUCCAUUCAAUGGUACUAUUGUCCUUUUUGUUACUACCACACAUGUACUUAUUUAGUGGCGCUUGAUGUGAGGCUGCAUGAGGUAUACUCGUUCUAUAGAAAUUUAGCAUUCCCAUAAAACGUUUUAACUCUCGUACCGUUUUUGGUAACGGGUAUUCAUCGAUGGCUUUCGUUUUCUCUGGUAAUGGUAUUAUUCCUUGUGUAGUAAUUUGGUAUCCUAGGAAUUCGACUUCAGUUUGACCAAAUAUACAUUUAUCGAUGUUUAAUGUGAUUCCAUGGUGGUUUAAUCUCUUCAGUACCUCUUCGACAUGCUCUCGGUGUGAAAUCUCGUUUUCUGAGGCUACUAAGAUGUCAUCAACAAAACAAAACACAUAGUCUAAACCACGCAUGAUCUCGUUCAUAAAUCUCAUGAACGUUUGGCCGGCGUUACGGAGUCCAAAGGGCAUGCGUGGAUACUCGAACAAACCAAAUGGUGUGAUAAUCGCCGUUUUCUCUAUGUCUUCAACUGGAAUUUGAUUGUAGGCCCUUUUGAGGUCAAUUUUUGAGAAUACAGUCUUUUUUGGUAGAAGAUAUGUAAAGUCUAACAAUCUCGGAAUUGGAUAACGGUCGGGUUUGGUGAUUGAAUUUAAUUUUCGAUAAUCACCACAUAAUCUUAUUCCGCCGUCUUUUUUGGCUGUAACAUGUAUUGGGCUUGCCCACUCGCUCUUCGACGGUCUGCAAAUUCCCAUAGCAAGCAUGUUUUCAAUUUCCUCCUUAACCAGUUUGUAUUUUUCAGCUGAUAACGGGCGGCACUUAGAGUAUACAGGGUGUCCUUCUGUGAUAAUUUGAUGGACUAUGCGGUGUUUGGGUGUUUCUUUGGCACAGAAGGGUUUCGUGAUAUCAGGAUAUUUCUCUAAUAAAUCGGCGUAUACCAUCUUCGCGUUUAUGGUCUUGAUUGUAGGUAUAUUUGUGUUAGUAAUACUCGCUGGGGUAAUUAAUCCCGUUUGGCCAUCAAUUAUUUUUUUCCGUCUCAUAUCUACUAAUAAAUUGUAUUUUGCCAAAAAAUCUGCACCCAGUAUUGGCUGUUUGACGUCAGCAAUCACAAACGUCCAUCUAUAAGGUCGGCGUAACCCGAGAUCCACUUCGAGCGUUCUUUCACCGUAGGUUCUAAUUUCGCUACCGUUCGCUGCAUACAGUUUGUACUCGUUCGACUUUGGUGCGUUCUUAGUUUUAGGAAUAACACUUAUGUUUGCCCCGGUGUCUAUUAAAAAGUGAUAUCGACUUUUGCGGUCAAUAACACACAGGCGGCUCGAUGGAUAAAUAGCAUUGACUUCCGCCUCUGUCAACACUAUUGGGAGUUUUCCGACGUUGAAUUAGAUCUCCAUGAACACGGCUGCUCGCAUUUUGUCGAUCGAUUCCUGAAUCGGCGGUGAUAAUAACACAGCUGGUUUCCAUUUCCGUUUCCUGCCCUUGGCCUAGAGCGACUUCGGUUCCUUGACUGAUAAUAUCCACGACCGCGCCCGCGUCCGCGUCCUUGCGACUGGAACUGGUGGCUUCUCAACUCGGCGACUUCGAGUGUUAAUUUAUUGAUUUGUGUCAACAGUUCGUUCAUAGGGAAGUUACUACUGCUGGCUACCUCUGACACCUCGGCGAAUUUGAUGUUCUCCAUUAUUUUAUCAGCUAUGGCGGCCAAGUUGUCGAGUUUUUGGUCUUGGCUGACUGUUAACACUGCUCUUACAGAUGCUGGCAAUCGUUGUAACCAUAGGUUAUGAAGAGUGGAGUCGGCUACUUUGGCAUUUCUUGCUAACUCGGUCAUCUUUCUCAAUAAUUGCGACGGCUUUUGGUCGCCGAGUUCCAUUUCUCCAAUUAAUUUUUGGAACUGGCGUUCUGCUGAUUCCUCAUAUAUGGAUAACAGUCGUUGUUUGAUUGCGCCAUACUUCUGUUCACUUGGUGGAUUCAACAGUAGGUCACCGACUUGUUGUACAGUUUCUCGGCCUAAUUUCGAUACUACCAGAUGAAACUUGCAGUCAUCCCCUUGUUUUUGUGGCAACAUUAUUGAUUCGAAUUGUGCGAACCACAGUCGAGGCAUCUCCGUCCAAAAUUCUGGAAUUCUGGCGGUUACGCUUAUUGAUGAGACUUCCAUGAGCGAUGAUGUUGAACCGGUAUGCUGCUGGCCUUGCCCGGCAUAACUUGUGCCUGGUGGUUGAUUUUGAGUCUGCAUAGGCUGGUAUUGGAAACUGCCUUGCUGCGUGGGCACUUCCGGCAUUGCUGGUUUUUUCUUAGUCACACGGUCACUUCACAAAUUAAAGUUAAUAUAUUUUUAACACAACUGUCUAUUAUUAAAUGUUCUCGGGGUCACCAAUGUAAAGUUAAUCGUGUGUAUGUAGUGUGUUGAGUAUGAGUAGGGAAACGGGCAGUCACAACAAAUAUUAAUUUCAUACUGAUUUAUUACGCACAAGUCAAGUACAAUGUUGCAAUACAAUAAAGUAGGUCAUCAUACCUAAGUUCAUUGAUAGCUAGACGCUACACAUGCAAUACUUAUUAAAGUAAGGCAAUAAUUGCAAGGCGAUUACAAAAAUGCGUUUUUUGCUUACAAACAUGUUUUUUUAUUAAAUAGAUUUUGAAGAUCGAAAUGCUGUUGAUUUAUUUUGGCCAAAAUAUUGAAUUCCAAAGCCAAAAUAGUAUGAUUUCACAGUAAAAAGUAAACAUGGCUGUUGUUUCCAUACAUUUCUAAGCUAUUUUAAAUCUAUUUUUACUUUUGGUACGAUUGCUAUUUCAAGAUUUAAAAAAACACGUAUACUUUUAUUCAAUUCAAGGAUGUUUUUUAAUUUUUUUUUAACUUCACAUGUUUUGGGCAAAAAUCGAAGGUGUCCUUUGUCUCGAUAUCGAUGCUCUGUCACGUCAUAAUAUUAUGUCAAUGUCACCCGUCCCGUGCCGCUACCAUACCCCAGGCACUGACUAAGUUAAGACCUAUAAUAUUUUUGUUUCUAAGUCCAUUUGUCUUGAAACUUGAAUUGAUGAGAACUAAUAUACAAUUUUAAGGUAAUCGCGUAUAAAUGAAAUGUAAAACACCAAUUUUGAUAUCUUGUAAAUAAUAAAAAAUAAAUGCCUGAUAUUUAAAUUUCUGUAUUGAACAUAGAAUACUGUAAAAUAAAUACUUUUGGAUACUUUGCAACGCACAAUUAUAUCGAAUUUUCACUUUAAUUAAAUUCAAGUAUGGCCUACAAUGUCAGCCGUUGCCUUUUAAAUAUAGGGUGAAAAUAUUUUUAACUACUUCUACAAUACAAUUUCUUUUUUUUCUAGAAACAUGUUCAUGUUGCCUUUUUUUAACAUUUUUUACGUCGAGAAAUGCUUUGUGUAUACUCACUGAUCAAUGGGGACGGCCAGUGGGUUAUGUGGGACUCUCCCCACUUGCUCACUAAAGGCGGGGCCUACCCACUAAAACCCGACGGUGUCCACCGGAGUCCAAUGAAUCGGAGCCGCGAGUUAUUGUCCUUUCUUGAACAUUCGUCCGUAGCUCGCUUAUUUUCACCCUAUAUUAUCUCUGAAAAUACUUAAAAAUCAAUUAUGAAUUGCCUUAGAAAUAUUCUAGAAUAUUAUAAAAAAGACUUCAUUCCAGGCAUAUAAUGCUUUAAUGGGGGUUGAACAUGCCCGCCAUUUUGUUUUAUUUUUAAAGUUGCGGCGAUUAAAGUGGUAUAUUGAUAGAGGAACUUUAACAAAUAAUGUCAAAUAAUAUGGUACCCUUAAGUGUCACGUUCUCAAAAUAUUUGAAAGUAAAUAUCGCCAUAAUAAUAUGAAAAAUAUAAAAGUAACUAGUACAGUUCAUUGAGAACUAAUUGGGUUUCAGGAAGAAUAAAAUAUUUCGGAGAGUUUGUGCCUUGAAAAUUUUGCUUAAUGGUUUUUACUACCAAUUGUUAUAGAUAGUGCCAUCCACGAAGACGCGCCCCACCAUUCUUCUGCUAAUGUUUGAGUGUUAUCGGUACACGCUAAAUGAUCCAUGAGUGCACACGCACACUACAGUAAUGCCUUACGGCUUGCUCGGACCACACUCCCCGCACCCCGUGCGACCGAGACCAAAAAUUGCUGGGGCGCGGCCGAGUGGAUGAAACGAUCUAUAACGUUUCCGAAAUAUUUCAAGAUAAAGAUUGCCAUAUAAAAAAAAAUUAAAUCACUAAAAAUAUUUUUUAAUGUCAAGGUUACUAAAAAUCUUAUUUUACAGUUGAUUAAGAUCUAACUGAGGUUUCAGGCCUAGAAUAAAAUAUUUCAGAGAAGUAGUGCCUUGGAAAUUUUGCAUAAUGGUUUUUACUACCAAUAAUUGUAUGAAAUUUGUAUAGGAAGUGCUGAGCUGAGCUUUUUAUAUGUAUAAAAUAGAUCUAAAAAAUUCGUAGCCUUCCAAUAAAUUUAAGGAAGUAGCACAUUCAUCAACCGGGAAAGGAAUCGUAACCGUAUCAACUCGAGGCGGUCAGUAUUAUUUGUAUGAAACUCCAUACUGCAACGCACACUUAUCCGCACCGUAACGUAAACGCCUCGCCUCGCGGUUGACAGCGCGCGAAAGGCGAUGACAGCUCGCAAAAGGCGAUACGGUGUUGAUCCCUUUCCGAGUUGAUAAGUCUGCUAUGACCUUUAAUCACUAUUUUAAAGUGAUUUGCUUAUAUCGCUUUUUUGAGGGUAGUCAGACUGCCAUUUUGUUAAAAUAGGCUUCGUAUUCUAAAACUGGAUAAAUGAGAUUAACCCUUAUUAUAAUGACAUUAAAGCUUAAUUUUACUUACGCCCGUAUUCACAAAGUUGCUUAAGUGAAGCAGCAAAUCGAACGCACAGCGUCGAAUAGAGCUCUGUGAUUGGUUCGUGUGUCACCCUGUGCGUCUAUGAGACCUCAUAGUAAUGUUUGUGAAUACGGGCGUUAGUUUUGUGUAUAAUAAAUCUUUUUAUACAGGGUGUUAGGUAAAUGGGUAUAUGAGCCGACACUCACCCAUGUUAACAUGGUCAUAUAAAUGGUAUGGUGAAGUCAGAAAAUUUAUAUCUUCAUUUUAAUUAUUUUAAUUUUCAUGCAAUUCGGAUUUUAUAAAAUUUAUUUUGUAUCAAAAUUAAAAAAAAUAAAAUGACGAUAUCAAUUUUCUGCCUUCACCAUAUCAUUUAUAUGACCAUGUUAACAUGGGCUUGUGUCGGCUCAUAUACCCAUUUACCUAACACCCUGUAUAGUUUUAGUAACAUUUGUUCUCUUAGUAAAAGGGUGUAAAUGUCAGUUAAGUGUAUUUAGUUUUAAAUAGGUCGUAAGUUAGUAACUAUACUUACAUUAUUACACAUGUAAAUAUAUUUUUGUAAAAUGUUACAUUUUUAAUUAAUUAAAAUGUUUUUGAAACUA